CAUAAUAUCCAUCCCACCCCCAAUUUGUUUAAGGUUCAACUGAGCCAUCCCGUGCUGCGGGGCAGCUCCGGAUCUACUCGAUGCGUUUCUGCCCAUUUGCCUCGCGUUCACUCCUCGUUCUCCUCGCGAAAGAAAUUCCCCACGAGGUGGUUAAUAUCAAUCUGGCAUCAAAACCGGAGUGGUAUCUUGGCAAGUCACCAUCAGGAAAGGUCCCUCUUCUUGAAAACGACGGAGUUCUCCUACCGGAGUCCAUGGUUAUUUCAGAGUACUUGGAUGAGACAUGCAGUGGUCGCAAGCUCCUUCCUCAAGACCCGUACAAAAAAGCUCUAGACAAAGUCUUUCUCGAGUCGUUUGUUUUCUCCCCCAUUUUCAAGGUGUAUUUUAAUAAAGAGCAGUAUGCUGAAGGAUUUGACGCAUUCUGGUCGAAUGCAGCAGUCGUCGAAGACGAACUUAAGAAAAGGGGCAUGAAAUUUCUUGGAGGUUCGUAGCAUUUUAUCGAAAUG